AUGACCUCGAUAUCUCCCAUAUUUCUUGAACCUCACAUCGGCGAGGGGAAUGCACGAAGGAAGCCUCGCAAUGAUGCAGCUACCGGAGUAUCUGCUGCAGGUGUCCGCGCUCUCAGUGCACAGAUGGUAGCCUUUUAUUUCAGAGCACCGAUCAAAGCGUUCUUUCGUACACGUGUUGAUUAUAUGCUGUUUCUGCGUUUUGUGUUUAAACAGGCAUUUGCAAGAGCCGUGAAUCCUCGUGUGGCCGAAGGCAAAUGGUCUCUACAUACGACAACUCCAGGAUUGUUGCUCCAUGCUGUUCGAACUUAUGGUUGGCGCUUUAUCCCAAACCAGGUUCUGCCACCCUUGAUGGCAAAUGCAGGAGUCGGCGCAGUUCUAUAUACAUCUUAUCUCCAGGUUCUGGGGUCUCUUCAUGAACCCGUCUCACAGGGAGUCAAACGAGUCUGGCCCCCAGCUCCACCAUCCGCAACUUUCGCCGCUGGUUUUGCUGCAGGAACGAUACAGUCGAUUAUAGCAGCCCCAUUGGAUGCACUGCAGGUUCGCCUUCAGACUAGUGACAUGCUACAAGGUCAGUACCGGAGCAUGUGGCAUUAUGGCCACCAGAAGCUCAAACAAAUCGGCCUUCGCGGAGUAUUCGCAGGCUGGAGUCUCUCCUUCAUGCGUGAUUCACUUGGCUAUGCGGUGUUCUUCUCGUCAUUCGAGUAUAUCAAAUCUCAGUCCUACUAUUCCUUUGUCACUUGGUACUACGGAUCUCUGCAGGGCAACCGUGUGGACAUGCUUGCAUUGUCAGAAUUCAGCAACCGCGGCGUGCCUCUUAUCAAGCCCCAUUAUGCUCUAGAACCCUGCUUUCUUAUGAUGGCUGGCGUUGUUGCAUCAAUCGCCCAACAGUCGAUUCAACACCCUUUGAGCAUCAUCCAGGACCUUCAUCUGGGUCGGCUGGAAUAUUUGGAUCACCAGGCCAGCCUUAUUCCUUCACGACAGAAAAUGAUGCGACUCUACUACCAUGCCUAUCAAGAGACCUUUAAGAGAUGCAAGCGAAAGGCUGCACGGGUCGGGGGUUGGCGACCUUGGUUGUUCCGUGGGUUUAUUGGGACAUCCAUACGCCAAGUUCCCAGCACUAGUGCCGGUCUAGUUAUAUUUGAGUUGGUACGCCGACGUUAUGCCAAUCCUGCAGAUUCCGUUCACAUUCAAAGUGAUGGGUAUGACAUUCUCCUCACAUAG